GGGAAAGGCGGGAGGAGCGGGAGGAGGAGGAGGCAGCACGAGUUCGUUUUUGACGGGGCCCAAGUCCCUCUUUACUCCCCUCUGGCAGCUGCUGCUGCACAACUGCCGCCCCGCAGUACGACGUCAGCUUGUACGGCAACUCGCCGCCUUCGUGCUGGGGGCUGGCGGCGGUACGGCACUUGCGGGUGUACGGCAGGAGGUGGGGGUUAUCGUGGGGAAUGCGGCCAGUGCCGCCCCGCGGGAGGCGUUGCGGGUGCUGGUGCUGCCGCUGUUGGCGGCGGUGGAGGCGGAGGUGGCGGAGCUGGGGGCGGUGGAGGAGGAGAAGGAGGGGAAGCAGGAGGGUGGCACAGUGACGGGCCGCCCCCCUCCCCACCCCCCCAGCGCCGGUCUAGAGUCCCAACUGCGAUACCAGCUGGCGCUGCUGAGGGAUGCCGUACAGCAGCUUCAUGCGGAUGUACUGCUGCUGCCGUACAUACACACACGCUUGGGACAGCAGGGGGGGCGAGGGCGGGGGGAGCAGCCGGGGCACGGCCGCCGACACACCCCCCCGCAGGAACAGGAGCAGGGGCAGCAGGGGCAGCAAGCAAGCGAGGGAGAUGUGUCCCCCCCUGCUCCGCCUCCCCUUCCCCCCGGCAGUCUUAUCGCAAGGCUGGUGUCCCUGUCUGGUCGUCUGGCGCGUGUGAACAGUCGUG